CCCAAAAAACACAAAUUCACUCAACAUACAACAUUUCAACUGCCGGUAAUCGAUAUCUUGACCUCAAUCUGAAUCUGCAUAUCCAAAAUACUCUUGCUACGAUCACUACUUAGCUUUAUCGCGGCUUCCUCGUCGCGCUGUCCACAGCCUGCAGCCGGUAGGGGUGGCAUCGACCCCCUUCUCGAUCUAAGGGCCUGUCCAUACAGGUCCAGAACUCUCGCGGAUAUACAAAGCGCCAGAAGCAUCAUAAUAUAACAUCUAACAAAAACCACUCAAAAUAAACACCCCCAACCAAUAACUCCGACUUCGUGCAGCCAUCGCCACCUACGCAACACCUGUGGAAGGCGCUCACGAUGCGCUAUACUCGCGAUGAGCUGGAGCACUUGCGUGACUCACCACUCGUCGUAAGGCCGGUGAACUUGCCUCCUGCGGAGGAGUAUAUGGGACCGCCAGAGACGGAUCGCAAACCAAACACCAGAGAGAGACGUGGGUCAGCUGGAUUCUCGGAUCAGACCAGCAGAAGAGCAGGCGUGGAUAAGCUUGCACGAGUCCCAGGGACUCCCUUGGACAUCAUCCUCGGCCCUCCCAAGACCUCAUUCGCAUCCUCGACCUCGGCGCGCAACGCGAGACCGUCCGAUGCUGGCGAGAGACAACAAGACCAAGACCCUCGAGAUCGACACCCCUUCCGCAAGAGCGACGGCGAUAGCGACCGCACACGCGACAACCAACGCCAGCACCUCCGCCAGCGACGCUCGGAUGCCGACCAGGACAGCGACGGAUGGAGCACCGUGAAACUGCGUAAGAGUUUUGGCGCGGAUGGAGCGGAGCGCUUUAACGGCCGUAUGGGCGGAGAGAGACAUCGCGAUGAUCCGCCGAUGCCGAGGAAAGGGAGCAGAGAUGCACGCGAUGGUGAGAGAGAGAGGCCUGCGCGUGGCUUUGAGACGUUUACGCGCGAUCGCGAUGCUAUUAAGGAGCAGGUGGAGGAAGGCGAUGGGGCCCGUCGAGGCUUCGGUAGGGUGAGAACGGAGUCAUGGUUCAAGGAUAAGGAGGAGUUUUCUGCAGCGGCUGCAGCGGAGAAUCGGAAGAGUAAUGGCGAGAGAUUGGCCGAUCGCAAUCGUGGAUGGAGGGAGAAGGAUACUGAGAAGACGAACGGACGCGCCCAUGACCGUAAUGCUGAUAGGAAUAAUGAUCGUGAGAGGGGCGGUGACAGGGACGAUAGGGGUGGUGGACGCUGGGAUAGAGACAAUAGGCGACAGGAGCGCGACCCAGAGUGGAUGGAUGAGCCGUCGGAUACCAAGAAGCGGGCGCAUACCCACGAAGACUUUCAGAAGUGGAAGGAGAGCAUGAAUGCUGGGAUUAUGAAGACACCUGCUGCCGAGGUGCCGCCUAGCAAGUCGGCCCCAGAUGCGCCUGGCCAAAGUUCGUUCUUAGGCUUUGAUAAGCCGAAGGCCGAGACGCCUGUGGUUAUUGAUCCAGGCCCAGAUAGGUUUAUGAGUAUGUGGUCCACGCCAAAGCCGGAGGGGGCCGAGACGCCGCUGGCUUUGAAGAAGGAGGGUCCAGUCAAGGUAGCUGCAGUUGGGAAAGCUUCGCGAUUCACGUCGUUCUUUGCAGCUCCUCAGGAGGACAUGCAGCGUCGCCAAACGGAACCUGUUCCACCAGUUCCGGGACUCGCGCUUAAGGAGUCCAGCCCGCAGUCUGACAAGGAGAAGGAGGACUUUCAAAAGCUGCUACAGAAGUUGCAAAGCCAAAGCCUUCUUGGGAUGAAGACCCCAACGCCUCCAGUGAACCUAGCAUCCCAGCCGAAGCCGCCACCACAGCAGAAGCCAAUGGAUGUCCAACUUCCGCCAAUAGAUCAGUUCCAACAAUAUCGCCCUGGCUUCCAAGAGCCACCACGAUCAGGCAGCCGCGAGUCGCAGUCCCAGCAGGCUGCCCUCCAAGACUUACUCGGCAACCGAUCUACAGCCGUUAGCCAGCCCUCGACCCGCCCCGAGCCCAUGGCGCACGAACUCGCCAGCCAGCGCCGGAACACCGCUAGCCAAGGCUCAAGCCGACCAGACCAGGACAUCAACCGCAACACCGCGUUCCUCAUGGGUCUGAUGCAAGCACCGCGCCAGCCAGACCAGCAACUCCGCCAAGAGCAACACAUGAUGAGGCCACCGCAAUCGCAGCCCCAGAGACAGCAACAGCAACAGCAACAGCAACAGCAACAGCACCUCUCGGAGCGCGACCAGGACCUUCUAAUGCGCGAGCAGCGCGAGCGCGCCGCCCAGCGCCAACGUCAAGAAAUGCCACCGGGAUUCUUCGACGAGUCCUUCCUAGGCCGCGGCUCGCACCCGCAGCAGGAGCCACGCCCGCAGUCCCAACAGCAGCAACAGCAGCAGCCAACACAAAUCCUGCAACGCCCACCACCAGGCCUCGAACAGCUUCCUCCAGGAUGGCAACAGCAGCCCCGCGACCAGCAGCAGCAGCAACAGCUCCCACAAUCUAUGCCACGCCACCCGCUCCAGCCACCACCAGGCCUCGCCGGCGGUCCAUCUCGCGGAAUGCCGCUGCCACCUAUGUUCCCACCCGGAUUCGCGAUGCAGGGUUAUGGCCCACCGCCGCCAGAGAUGAGUGGAAGCGCACAGCGCAAUGUCCCACCCCUACCACCACCACCGGGGUUCAUGGGUCCACCACCGGGUUUCAUGCCCCCGCCUAUGGGGUUCCCGGGGGAAAUGGGAUAUGCGCCGGCUUUUGAUGGGAGGGGGCUGCCGCCGCCGCAGCAGGGGGGGUUUAGACGUUAGGUCUGAGAGGGGG